AUGUCGACUGAUGACGGCGCGAAGCGCGCGCAUGACUUCAACGACGCGUUACUUGGAGUUCCGGAAUAUGCAAAUGAUACAAUGUUCUUUGUGGCCCGCUAUGGUCAGAAAUGCCAGUCUACUCUCCGCAAAGUAGAUUUCGAUACAGUAAUGCAAACCUCACACGAAUUGGGAGCGGCCAUGUCCAAGCCAGAUAAUGAAGCACGUGUUGCGGAGCUUCGUGCCCAGGUCAUGGAGAUUCUAAAACCGUUUCCUGAGCUGGCACAGGAUUACGACAAGUUUUCUGCGAGCUCCAGAGCAACUGCCGCUUCUCUGGCCGCUAAACGCAAAUAA